AUGGCUGCGGCACCACCAAGAUGGCUGCUCUCGCGGGACGAGAGCGUCGGCGAGAAGUUCGAGCAAAUCAUGAACCAGGACCCGUUGGGAGCUUCGGUAAACUCAGAUGCUGUCGUUAUUGCCAUUGGAACCUCACUCGCUGUUACCGGUGCCAUUUUCUUGGCCUUUCUAUUACUUCGUCCAUUCAACACCAUUGUGUACGCCCCCCGCCUACGCCACGCAGACGAGAGGCACCGACCGCCGCCGCUCGACAAGUCGCUCUUCGCCUGGUACAAGCCCGUGUUCAAGACCAACGAAGACUACUACGUCGAGAAAAUUGGCCUCGAUGCUACCGUCUUUCUGCGGUUCGCGAGAAUGUGCCGCAACAUGUUCAUCACACUGGCUGUCUUUGGUUGCGCCAUCAUCAUUCCCGUCAACAUCACCAACCAGAUCAAGACUCGGAAGAUCCAAAACCUGAGCGACGAGUCUAAGUUCAUCUUCGUUAUGAUGACACCCUCCUUGCUGACUGGCCAGGUCUUUUGGGCCUUCGUGGUGGUCGCGUACGUGUUCGACAUCAUCGUUUGCGGUUACCUGUGGUGGACCUACCGAGCCGUGCACCGACUGCGACGGAGAUACAUGGACAGCGCCGAGUACCAGAACAGUCUGCAUGCUAGGACGCUGAUGGUAACGGACAUCAGCAAGGAUUACCGCAGUGAUCAGGGCUUGCUUGAGAUCACGGAUAGCUUGAAGACCACACCCGAAGUACCACGCACGACCAUUGGCAGGAACAUGAAGGACAUUCCAGACCUGAUUGAGUCGCACGAGGAAGCCGUCAUGGAGUUGGAAGCGGUUCUCUCCAGGUAUCUGAAGAAUCCGGAUCAGCUGCCCGCCCAGCGCCCGCUGUGCACACCAUCGAAGAAAGACCCAGAGUUCACAGACAAGAAGCAGAAGGUGGAUGCCAUCGACUACCUCACGGCCCGGAUCCAACGUCUGGAAACGAAGAUCAAGGAAGCGCGCGAGACGGUCGACAACAGGGAUGCCAUGCCUUUUGGAUUUGCCAGCUACGAGACGCUCGAGUCUGCGCACACCGUCGCCUUCGUUGCGCGUAGUAAGCACCCCAAAGCUACCACCGUCCGCCUUGCACCCAAGCCAAAAGACAUCAUCUGGAAGAACCUGCUCCUGAACCCCAAGCAGAGACGAUGGCGGCGAUUCAUCAACAACGUCUGGAUCACUCUGCUUACCGUUCUCUACUUCAUUCCAAACGCCGGUAUCGCUAUCUUCUUGUCAAAGCUCAACAAUCUGGCCCUUCUUUGGGACACCUUCAACACCGAAAUGCACACGCAUCCUAAAUUUUGGGCCGUUGUGCAGGGUGUUCUGGCUCCAGCAUUGACUUCCCUGUUCUACUAUUUCUUGCCCAUCAUCUUCCGUCGUCUGUCCAUGAAAGCUGGCGAUCAGUCGAAGAGCUCCCGCGAGAAGCACGUCAUCCACCAGCUUUACGCCUUCUUCGUCUUCAACAAUCUUGUCGUCUUCUCGAUAUUCUCGGCUGUCUUCAAGAUCAUCACCAGUGCUCUGGCAGCAGCUGAAGGCGACUCGAGUUUCGUUGCAGUCGUCAGGGCCAUCGAGCCCUUCCAGCAGCUCAUGGGCGCACUCUGCGAUGUGUCUGGGUACUGGGUUACUUGGCUCGUUCAACGCAACCUCGGUGCGGUGAUCGAUCUGUCGCAGGCUGUCAAUCUAGCCUGGGGCUCAUUCUCACGCAAGUUCCUGAACCCAACACCACGUGAACUGAUCCAGCGAACAGCCCCGCCACCUUUUGAUUACACGAGCUACUACAACUAUUUCUUGUUUUACUCGACAGUCACUCUGAUUUUUGGAAUGUUGCAGCCUGUCACGCUGGUUGUGACUGCAUUCUACUUCACCCUCGACUCCUGGAUGAAGAAGUAUCUCCUCAUGUAUGUGUUCUACACCAAGAACGAGACUGGCGGCCUCUUCUGGCGCGUUCUAUUCAACCGCAUGCUGUUCGGCGCCUUCCUGGCGAACGUUAUUACUGCUUGCCUGGUGAGCACGAAAGGCGGCGUACAGCAGUACAUGAUGGCAGCUGCUAUGGCUCCUCUUCCAUUCCUCUUGCUCGGGUUCAAGUUCUACUGUAAGAAGACAUACGACCACUCGAUGAAGUACUACACCCAGGGCAACACGAACAAGGGCGCCGAGGCCCAGACACCUAUCGACAAGGAAUCUCGCAGGCGCGAUCGUGUCGCAACCCGCUUCGGACAUCCCGCUCUCUACCAGAAGCUCACCGUGCCGAUGGUUUCUGAGAAGAGCAAGCACCUCCUCGCCGAAGUCUAUCGCGGGCGUCUCGACGGCGAUGUCGGCGACAAUGCAGCUUUCAGCGACGUCUACUCCAUGAAGCGCAUGAGCAAAGAAAACCCUGGCAAGAUCGCCACCUCGGCCACUGGACCGUUUGAAUUUGUCUCAGAGAAUAACAUGGAUUACGAGAACUUCAAAGACCGUUCCGAAUUCAACUCUGACCGCGGCUCCAUGUACGGCGAAAGCAACCGCCCGGACUCGCCAUCGACGCUGUGGGGCGAUGAUGGGCGCGGCCGUAGUUCAAGCCGCGGAUCCACGCGCGCAGCCGACGACAACGGUGUCACGUAUCCAGCCGGAUACCACCAGACACCGAGCAAUCUGCGCGAGUAUAGCCCCAGCCCAGAACCGGAGUUGCGGCACAUGGAGAGCAACUCGAGCCAACCGUACCAACUCCACGACGACCAUAAUCUGCUAAGCGGUGCGGCCCCUAUGGGGCAUCAGACGCCCGCUGGGUAUACGCCGUACAGCCCAGAGCGAGAUGGCGAAAGGAGAGACGAGUAUUUCCGCAGGUAG